AUGCUGCUGGCCCAGGGCCUGCAGCGGGGUUGGGGUCCAGCGCCCACCCGCCCCCGCCGCGCCUCUACCGCUGCGGCCGGCGCCGUGGCCGGGCGAUUUGUUGCAGCGGACCGGGCGCCGGCGGGCCCGGGGGAUUCCUUGGCGGAUGUGGACACGCCGGCGUUGCUGCUGGACUUGGAUG